AAAGCGGAAUUCCAUUUCGAACAAUGUUGCAGUAUUUAGUUGGCAUUCCAACAAUAUACUUGAAAAUUUUCCAUUGAGUACGAAAUAUGUCAGCGCGAUCGGUAAUAGUCGAAAGUAUGGAUAAAGUAAACGAAGAAAAUGUCAUGCUGCCGGAGAAAAUUUCAUUAUUAAGUCCUUUGUGGACGAUCCUAGUGGGUACACUGGUUAUAGCAAUACUAUUUGAAAUAUGGCUACGCAAUACUCGUGAAUAUAAGUUAACAGCAAAUAUGCCAACACCGCCGCGGGUGCCGGUCCUUGGCCAGGCCCAUUUGGUUUUCAAUUUAUCAAAUGCAGAAAUCAUGUCGACAGCUCUCCAAUUCAUUGACACCCCGGGAUCGAUACUGCGUGCCUAUUUAGGUCCUAUACUCAUUGUGGGUUUAUGGAAUCCAGUGGAUAUUGAAAUCGUGCUCAGUUCUAGCAGUCAUUUGGAAAAAUCAAAAGAAUAUAAAUAUUUCAAGCCAUGGUUUGGUGAUGGUCUGCUCAUCUCCAAAGGACAUCAUUGGCAACACCAUCGGCGAAUGAUUGCACCCACUUUCCAUCAGAGUAUUUUGAAAAGUUUCAUUCCAACAUUUGUUCAACACUCCAAGAGUGUGGUGCAUCGUAUGUCUCUGGAAGCGGGCAAAGAAUUCGAUGCCCAUAAGUAUAUGUCCCAGGUAACGGUGGAGAUAUUACUCUCUACUGUAAUGGGAGUGAAAAAGCUGCCCGAACCAAGCAAAUGUUUGGAAUAUGCCAAUGCUGUGUUGGAUAUGUGCGAUGUGAUACAUAAACGUCAAGUAAAGGUAUUCUAUCGCCUGGAUUCCAUAUUUAGAUUAUCGAAAUUUCAUGAGAAGGCCAAUAAAAUGUUGGAUAUAAUUUUGAAUAUGACACGAAAAGUGGUGGAGGAACGUCAAAAGAAUUUCAAUGCAGAUUCGAGGGCUAUAUUGGAGAAUGAGGCCGAGGUUGCCAAGCGUAAAGAAGAAACAAUAAAAGCUGAAGGAUUGCGUGAUGAUUUGGAUGACAUCGAUGAGAAUGAUGUGGGUGCCAAGAAGAGGUUGGCUUUAUUGGAUGCCAUGAUGGAAAUGUCCAAAAAUCCCGAAAUUGAAUGGACCGAAAAGGAUAUUAUCGAUGAAGUCAAUACAAUUAUGUUUGAGGGUCAUGAUACCACAUCGGCUGCCUCCAGUUUUGUUCUCUGCAUAUUGGGCAUUUAUCAGGACAUGCAAGAAAAAGUACUGGCCGAACAGAAAACCAUUUUCGGUGAUGACUUCAUGCGUGAUUGUACCUUUUCCGAUACCAUGGAAAUGAAAUAUUUAGAACGUGUAAUAAUGGAAACUCUACGCUUAUAUCCACCAGUACCAGUGAUUGCCCGUCGCGCUGAAUAUGAUAUAAAAUUACCAUCCGGACCAUAUUCAAUACCGAAAGGCACUACCAUUGUCAUACUGCCAUAUGCUAUACAUCGUGAUGCGAAAUCUUUUCCCAAUCCCAAUAAAUUUGAUCCGGAUAACUUCCUACCCGAACGUACGGCCAAGCGUCAUUAUUACAGCUUUAUACCAUUCAGUGCUGGACCGCGCAGUUGUGUGGGUCGCAAAUUUGCCAUGUUGAAACUGAAAGUUCUGCUCUCAACCAUAUUGAGAAAUUUCGUCGUCAAAUGUAAUCUUAAGGAGGAAGAGUUCCGCAUGCAGGGUGAUAUUAUCUUGAAAAUGGAAAAUGGUUUCAACAUAAUGCUGGAACCAAGGCCUGAGGCUAAGAAAGCGCUAUAAAUAAGUAUAAGCAUGGUACAAUGAAGAGAAGGUAGGUCAACUUUGAAAAAAUUGCAAGUAUAGAGGUCUACCUGUUUGGCUUGUAGUGUCAGAAAUAGUAUCAAAACAAUAACAGAAUCAAACAACUUGUUGCAUUUAUUUUGAAAAAAUAAUUGAAAAAACGCGAUAACUGAAUGAAAAGUCAACACUUAUUUUCAAAAUCAUGUACUAUAUAUCUCUAAACGAUUAUUUCGCUGCAAAAACUCUAGAUUUUGUCGAUGCAUACGUUGAAAUAAACAUCUUGAAAACAUCCGAAUUUGAAUGUUUUCUGAACAAUUUUUUUGUUAUUGAAAAGAAAACAUAUACAUAAACAAAUAAAGUUGACAUAUUAAGCCAAGAAAAUAAAAAAAUUGAAAUCAUAUGGUAUCAUAGCCCUACCUUGAUAUCAUUGUACCAUGAGUAUAAGUAUGUAAAUUAAGGGG